GAGUGCUGGAUGUUUGUUAUCUAUGUGCCAGUUGUGUUCUGGAUGGCAAACGGAACAACUCAUCUUGACCGGACUGCGUCUUCAUCUAGACUUGGACAUAACACUUUUUGACAAAAGUUAGCGAGGAUACUUUUGACUCUUUACAAGCUAUGCUUCUUCAUACUAUGGCGCGUUUUACUGCCUCAGUUGGUGUUAUCAUUCUGUUGGGAUUCAUUGACAUUUCAGCAGCAAACAAGGACGCCUGUGAACUCUACGCUGCUGUCGGGCAGAGUCUGACUCUGCCUUUUGUCUAUGAAGGACUGGCAAACUCACAUGUGCUGAAAUGGACUCAUAACAACACACUGAUCUUCUACAGAGACCAAGGCAAAGUGUCAGUUGGAAAACCACAAGACAUCACUGCAACCGGAUCUCUUCUGCUGAAAAACCUUGCAUUCUCAAGUGCAGGGACUUACCAAACACAGGUGCUGCUGAAUGGCACUUUGGUUAAAACAUGGACCAAUCGCCUUUGUGUGAUGGACAAAGUAUCAAAACCUGAGCUCAGUUAUGUCUGUGACUUCAAGUCUAGCGCUGUUAAACUUAAUUGCUACGUAGCCAAACCUCAGGGUUUGGUCUACUCAUGGACACUUGAUGGAAAGACAUUAACAAGCGAAACAAUGCAAACACUGAGCAUCUCUCUGACCCAGCUGAAAGGAGAGAGGAGCUUCACGUGCAGUGUAGCAAACAAAGCCAGCAAGGAGAGUAGUGAAGUUGUUCGUCCAACCUGUAAAAGUCCACCACCACCACCAGCAUCUCUGCUUUGCUUUCCGCAAAAAACUGUUGUGGCAGUGUUAGCAGGAGGAGCAGCUCUGAUUUUUCUUUUGCUCAUCAUCACCAUGGUCUUGUGCUGCCGUCACAGGCGCAACAAAACCCACAUGAGACGCAGGGAUAAAGAGGAACUAAGGAUGCUCUCUGUAAACAAACGAGACCCUGACUCCACCGGUCCAGUGUAUGAAACUAUGCACCCGAAUGAGAACUCUCCGCCCCCGAGCCCACAGCCUUCACCAAAAGCCUGUUACCAGAAAGUGUCUCAGCCUGAAGUUCAGAGUGAAAACAGACUUGCACAGCUCUCCACCACUGCCGAAGGACAGAAACCUUCGCCGGUGCCAAAGCCGAGGACGAAGAACCCCCAGACAGCAAACAUGUGAACUUGCCGUCCUCGCUUUCUCUCCCAGGAACUUUGAGGAAAGACAACAAAAAGUACUUAGGUUGAUAGCAUACAAACGACAUGAUUAAAACAAACUAUGUUGCUAUGUACAUAGUUAAUUAGCUACAGUCUUAAUCGACAUAUUCUUUAUUACUGUAAUAGUUUGGAGGGAAAUUAAAUACAUGUGAUGAUUUGUUCCUGCAGGCAGGUGGGAGGUGAAACUUGAGGCAGAAAAAUCUUUAUUCUCCUUAAGAUUAUGUUGCUGUUAUCUGUGUUGUUUUGCUGUUAAUGUUUAAAACUCAGCCAUUCUAAGUCCUUGUUAAGAGUUGGUGGGGAGUGUGGAGGAGGUUUUGUAUUUUACUUGCAGACAUUAUGAUACAAAAAAACUGUGCCAGAUGUAUUGCUCAUUACUGAUGUGUGUAUGUGUUUUAUCAUGAAUUUACAUCUGAAUUCUUCAGAGCUGAUGUACUUAUAUGAUGUAUGAAGUAAUUCAAUACAAAUACAGAUGUUUGUGUAAAAUGCUGAUAUAAUAGAUUACAGAAUAAGGCCGGCAUAUCUUUCUCAUGGUCUACCAAUCCUAGGAAAAGGAAUUCAUCCAAGUCAUUUCUCAUAAACUAAGAAACACAGAGAUGUACUGCAAACAUAUAUGUAAAAUAAAAUGUACCUAUUUGUUUAUAGGUUAAAGCAGCUUACAAAACACCCUGACGCAUUAGAAGUUUAUACUUUCAUGUGUUAGCUUCGGAAUAAUACACAUUUGGUAGUUAAGAAAAUGUACAAUUAGUAGUUACAACAGUGGUGUUAUAUCAGGGUUUGGAUUCACAAGGUACAGCUGCUCAUUCAUCAGAAGUACAACACUGCCAAACCUGUCGUUUGUUUUUGUAAAUAUUAAUUGGUAUGGUAUGAGAAAUAUUGUAUGUUGAAAUAAAAAUGGACAGAAAUGUGAAAAAAUAAAGGCAUUUGACCUUUUCUAUCACAGACAGCUAUUCACCAUUUGACCUACUUUUGUAAGCAUUUUACUGAAUGAGGACUAUUUUUAGCUCCACUGAUAUUUUUUUCAUACACGUCACACAAUAAUCUUUUGAGAUAACAUUUGAGUUUUCUCUAAUGUAAUCACACUGUAUGUUUACAUAUGUUUGAAAUAAAUAAAGCUGUCAAAAAGGA